CUGCGCGCCGCGCCCCCCGAGCGCGUGGUGGCUGUCGUGGGAGCCUCGGCCAGUUCAGUCUCCAUCAUGGUCGCCAACGUGCUGCGUCUGUUUGCGAUUCCCCAGAUCAGCUAUGCCUCCACAGCCCCUGAGCUCAGCGACUCCACACGCUACGACUUCUUCUCCCGUGUGGUGCCUCCUGAUUCCUACCAAGCCCAGGCCAUGGUGGACAUCGUGCGGGCAUUGGGAUGGAACUAUGUAUCCACGCUGGCCUCCGAGGGCAACUAUGGAGAGAGCGGGGUUGAGGCUUUUGUGCAGAUCUCCCGAGAGGCAGGGGGAGUCUGUAUUGCCCAGUCCAUCAAGAUUCCUAGAGAACCAAAGCCAGGAGAAUUCAACAAGGUUAUCAGACGACUCAUGGAGACUCCCAACGCUCGAGGCAUCAUCAUCUUUGCCAACGAGGAUGACAUCAGGAGGGUCCUCGAGGCUGCACGCCAGGCCAACCUGACUGGCCAUUUCCUGUGGGUUGGCUCAGAUAGCUGGGGAGCCAAGAUCUCACCCAUCCUGAACCUGGAGGACGUGGCAGUGGGGGCUAUCACUAUCCUGCCCAAAAGAGCUUCCAUUGAUGGAUUUGACCAGUACUUCAUGACACGCUCCCUGGAGAACAACCGCCGGAACAUCUGGUUUGCAGAGUUCUGGGAAGAGAAUUUUAACUGCAAACUGACCAGCUCAGGUACCCAGUCAGACAAAUCCACCCGCAAAUGCACAGGCAGCGCAGGAACCCCAGUGAUGUUCAAUGAGAAUGGGGAUGCGCCCGGGAGAUAUGACAUCUUCCAGUACCAGGCGUCCAACGGCAGUGCAGGCAGUGGCGGAUACCAGAGCGUGGGCCAGUGGGCGGAGACGCUCAGGCUGGACAUGGACGCCCUGCAGUGGUCAGGAGACCCAUGGGAAGUGCCGGCAUCUCAGUGCAGCCUCCCCUGUAGGCCUGGGGAGCGGAAGAAGAUGGUGAAGGGCGUGCCCUGCUGUUGGCACUGCGAGGCCUGCGACGGGUACCAUUUCCAGGUGGAUGAGUUCACCUGCGAGGUCUGCCCAGGGGACAUGCGGCCCCUGCGCAACCACACCGGCUGCCGCCCCACACCGGUGGUGCGCCUCACCUGGGCCUCUCCCUGGGCCGCCCCGCCGCUCCUCCUGGCGGUGCUGGGCAUCACGGCCACCACCGCAGUGGUGGCCACCUUCGUAAGGCACAACAACACACCCAUCGUCCGCGCCUCAGGCCGAGAGCUCAGCUACGUGCUGCUCACCGGCAUCUUCCUCAUCUAUGCCAUCACCUUCCUCAUGGUGGCCGAGCCUGGGGCGGCCGUCUGCGCUGCUCGGAGACUCUUCCUCGGCCUGGGCACCACCCUCAGCUACUCUGCCCUGUUCACCAAGACCAACCGCAUCUACCGUAUCUUCGAACAGGGGAAGCGCUCUGUCACGCCCCCGCCCUUCAUCAGCCCCACCUCGCAGCUGGUCAUCACCUUCGGCCUCACCUCCGUGCAGGUGGUGGGAGUGAUGGCAUGGCUAGGGGCCCAGCCCCCACACAGCGUGAUCGACUAUGAGGAGCAGCGGACGGUGGACCCAGAGCAAGCCAGAGGGGUGCUCAAGUGCGACAUGUCAGAUCUAUCUCUCAUCGGCUGCCUGGGUUACAGCCUCCUACUCAUGGUCACAUGCACAGUGUAUGCCAUCAAGGCCCGUGGUGUGCCUGAGACCUUCAAUGAGGCCAAGCCCAUUGGCUUCACCAUGUACACCACCUGCAUCAUCUGGCUGGCUUUUGUGCCUAUCUUCUUUGGCACUGCGCAGUCAGCUGAAAAGAUAUACAUUCAAACCACCACACUGACUGUGUCCCUGAGCCUGAGUGCAUCGGUGUCCCUCGGCAUGCUCUAUGCACCCAAAACCUAUGUCAUCUUGUUCCACCCGGAGCAGAACGUACAGAAGCGGAAGCGGAGCCUCAAAGCAACCUCCACAGUAGCAGCCCCACCCAAGGGAAAUUAUUGUUCCAGCGGCACCCCAAGAAGCCCACUUCCACCAGUAACAGUGGGGGACAUAGAGGACACACCACCAAUAACGGAUGGCAACUCAGCUGGGAAUUCAAUAGGUGAAGAAAUGGCUCUAGAAAGCGGGAAAGCAUCCCUUCUCAUAAUCUCUGAAGCUGCAGAUGGAGAAACAGCAGAAGGAAAUCCUGGCCUGGAUUAUGCGACUGCACUCAGAAGCAGAAACCUAUUUCAGCUGCGGAGCUCAGCCGCUUCCCUUCUGCAACUCCUCACCUCCAUCCUGCCAGCUUUUUCACAGCUUCCCGGGUGCAGCGGGUCACAGACACACACUGCUAAAGCCCAGGGGGGAGGGGGGAGGGGGAAUACUUAGGGCAUGGUUCGAGCCCAGCACCAAGGGUCCCCAGACUCUCGCUUCCCUCUGCCUCUACCCUGGCGGUACUCCUGCCUCUGCAGCAUGAAACUGGCAGGGCACCAGCGGAGAGCAGGCGCACACUCAGUGCUGCUUGGAUUUUACUACAGUGCCUUUCCCUGCUCUCCACCUCCCUGUGACUAAGACCUCCCUCAGAAGGCUUGGAAAUUUGCCCCCUUCGGGCAUU